GCAUCAUCAUCGACUUUCUCACAUCUAUUUUUUUCAAGAAAAGGAAGCUAAAGAAAGGGAAUGCAAUAUUUGUCAUGAUGAAGUUAAUGUGGAAUAUGGGAGUUACUGUUGUUCGAAGUGCAACUAUUUUGCUCAUAUGCAAGGACAAGAAAUGCAAAUUUGUCAUAGAUUACAGGUGCCUUGUGCUGCCUAACACGGCCCAGUAUAAAUAUGAUAACCAUCCUCUCACGCUUACUUUCCGUGAUGAUCAUCAUUGGAGCCAAUUUUAUUGUGACAUAUGUGAAGAAGACAGAGACCCGAGUGAUUGGUUUUAUCAGUGUGCUGGUUGUGAUGUUUCAGCUCAUCCUCGUUGUUUGCUUCAGGGAUCUCCAUAUGUCAGGCUUGGUAAACCGUUCAGGUAUGCUGGUCAUCGUCAACAUCCUGUCACUUUUUUGAAGAUAGAUUUCAAUCCUCCUAAAUGCAACAAGUGCCAUAGGCCUUGCAGAGAUGAGCUAGCCAUUCAAUGCACAGAGUCAGAUUGCAAUUACAUACGCCACUGAAUCAAAGGUGAAUUGCUAUCCCUUCUGACCAAUGUGCCUCCGAAGUCUGAGCAUGCACAGAAACAUGUCUGGAUUUGCACAACCGAUCGAGAUGCAUCCAUGGCAUUAAGGUAUCUCCCUAUGCUCUUGGCUCUAGUUACUCCAACUAACAUAUUCUCGAGUUCUUUAGCUACCUUGACUCACACGUUCUUGACUUCCCCAAGUACUCUGGGUUUGAUUAAAGAAACUAGAGCUGUAGUCUUGAUUACUGAAUGCCAAUCUCUGAAACAUUCUGAGUUUGUGCGGAUUGCUGCGCUGAAUCAAAGACCUCACUCUGGCCAGGUUUCAUUCCAUUUAUGAGAUCUGAUAACUCAUCCAAGGAGUCUAGAGCUCUCGCCACCUAAGAUAUGAUUGUGGGGGGAAAAUCAUCAGGCCUAAUGAGUAAUCAAGAAAGCUCUACGUUACUU